AGCCUAUCCUCUGUUUGGUGGUCAGAGGCGUCAGAGCCAACAGACGAUAAACCAAUAAAAUAAACACCGGAGAAAUUGAAUAGAAAUGAAGACAUAACCUCUGGCAUUGAUUUAACGUUUUGUCGAUUUCAAUCAAUCGAACGCAGCCAUCGUCGUUCAGGAAUAGAACGGGAUAUUACUUAAUAAUAUUCAAAUCACUAAUUGGGCAACACCCAUCUACCUCCACUCGAAAAUGCUGACUGAACGAGUACCAGGGCACCGCCAGCUUCUCUUCUACUCCUCAUUCACUUGCAUUUACUUCCCCUGUAUUCUGAUCCUUCUGAAGCUCAACGAGAACCUCUACAACGUGGGGAAGUACAAGUUUAUACCGAUUCUCUUGAUCCUGAUGUUCGCCGAAGGAAUAAAAUGGGCUUUCUCAGUUCUCUCGAGAGACCAGAACCACUUCGGAAAGCUGGACACUCGUCUUCCUCGUUCUCGGAAGCCCUGGAGUAGAGGUAUUAGGGAGACGAUCAGGUUCCUGACACUUCUGUUGAUACUGUGCUUGAUCUAUUACGUUCUGAUCGUCCUCUUUGGAGCCCCUCUGUUUACCCACAGAGAGGAAACCUCGAUGCUCGCCAUCACUCUGACUACACUGACCUUCGUCACUCCUAGCCUCCACCUGGGGGUAGAUCCCACUCUGGGAAUUCUCUCUCGUCUGCAAUUCGCGAAUAGUAAUAAUAUAAUUGCAGAGGCUAUGAGCUUAAACAUUAAGGCGACACUCUUGGGGACUUGGCUGGGGGUCAUUGUCAUUCCUCUGGAUUGGGACAGACCCUGGCAGGUCUGGCCCAUUCCUUGCGUCAUUGGGGCACUCGUGGGAUACAUGACUGCUCACUUUAUCACGCUUAUCAAGAUGCUGCCCAUUGGGGGUGUCUUGAGGCUGAAUAAGAAAAUUCAUAGAUAGUGAACCCAGAAGUUUCAGAUUUUUCGGUUCACCAUCUAGGGUUUUAGAAGGAAUCAACGCCGAGUUGGUUAUUUUUUAAAAAUAAUUGAAUUUGGGUUAUUUAGAGUGCACAUUACUCUGAUGUCAAUCCACCUCAAGAAGAGUUUAUGCUUCAGAAAUAAUUCUUGAAUCUUUGUCAGUUGAAUGGCGACUGAUUUAAUCACUCAGGAGGUACUGUCCGCUAAGGAUUUCUUAAGAUCUAAUAAGACAAUUCGUGGGUAGUGAAGCUACAAGUUGAAAAUAUCUCUGUUAACUUGUUGAGACUUCACUCAUUAUUCAAAGACAAUUUUCAUUAAGUUAUUUGUGAACUGAAUUAAAGAGUAAUUCAGUCUUUCUAAAUUUUGAACCUUCAAAUUUUUUAUUUGAAAUGCGUCGAUCCAAUUUGAGUGAAUUUUUGAAGCUUAAAAAUAUUUGGAAAUUCUCCAGAAUUUGUAUCAUUUUAUUUCGGUCGAAAAGAUCGACAGGAUAUUUAAAUUAAGAUUCUUUUAUUCAGGUCCUUGCAUUUCAAAGUUACUUUCAAAACUAUUCUUUUAUUUUGUUGAUUCCAUUGUAAAUAUUGUAAAUAAUUGUCUUCUAAAAAUUUUUCAGCCAAUCCUGCUGUAGAAUUAUUUGGUUUUCAGAGGAGAAAGUAAAUAAAACUAAUGUUAAGAAUAA